CAGUCCCACGCAACACGUGAUACACAUAGCGAACGUAGCUUACUGUAAGUUCAUAAACACCACGAACUCUUAUUUUACUGUGGACAUUUCCACAAGUAGCCCACUUUAAGGCAGACGGGGAUAUCUGCCGUUUAGGUCGACUUCAAGUUAUCAAGCUCUCUGUGAAGUGACCUUUAAAAUCUUGUUGUAGAACUUUAGUGAAUUCAAAACCAUGCUGGAACAACUUUAUCGAUAAUGUCUUUGCUAUGGCAGGCGAACGCUUCUUACCAGCUUUUUUGGUAAUUUCCGCCUCGGGCACUUUUAUAAUUAAUUACGUUAUUGCUGUCUUACGAGCGGACAUCGAUGUCAUCUUCCCCUAUAUCAGUGACACUGCUGCGACACCUCCAGAGAGUUGUAUAUUUGGACUCAUGACGUCAGUCACCGCCAUGGCAGGUGUAGCUACCAUGUAUGGCCGCUAUAAAUUCAUCGAACAGUUGAAUCAAAGGACGGGCGGGGUGGGUCCAGUGGUUAAUAAGAUUGCUUUUGGAUUUGGACUCCUCUCCUGUUUAGGAAUGUGUGUUGUAGCCACUUUUCAGGAGACAGUUAUGAGAGUUGUCCAUGACCUGGGGGCUUUGCUAUUCUUUGUGACGGGAGUGGUUUACAUCGUUAUCCAGACGUACAUCUCGUGCAAGGCAUAUCCCUUUGGGUCGUCCAGGGCCAUGUGCUGGACUCGGGCAGGCAUCGCCUCCAUCGCCUCCCUGGCUCUCCUGCCCACGAUUGUCUGCGCUCUUCUUGUGGGGUCCACCAAGCUCCACUGGACUGGGGAUGAAAAGGAUUAUGGAUACCGACUCACCAGUGCGGUGUGUGAGUGGACGGUUGCCUUCAGCUUUGUCUUCUUCUUCCUCACGUACAUCGGGGAGUUCAAGCUCUUCACCCUGACUGUGAAAGCUGAAUUAGUGGAGCAUGGCUAAGACAAGUAUCCUCAGAAGAUCGUAUUUUUAUUCUGAUGUUUGUUAAGUGUAUCUGCUAAUUUGUAGGUAUUUUAAAAACUGUAUUUUUUUAUUUUAUAUAAAUCAGUUGAAGUCUUUUUUUAAUGACUUAAGAUUUGUUUACAAAAUCAUGAAUACUGUUCCAUAUUAUUUUUCCAGUGCUGUUUUGACUGCAACUGAGAUGGUGUGGGCUGUCAGGAUGUGAUUAUCCCAUCUUAUCAGUGUAUUACUUUAAUGAAUACUAUAAUACUGCACAUAUGCACCUAUAUAUCAGAUACAAGAGAAGGGAUCAUUAUUUUAUACAUACAUUAUAUUUAUAUAUACAUUACUUUCUAUUUGUAUCGUUUGAAUGUACUGUAUUUGUAUUCAAACUACUGAAAACUGUCUGUGUAACCUCAACUUGUCACAUGAACAUUCAACUUACCACUAAAGGCUGACCACAUGAUAUAAUGCAAAGUGGAGAGGGGCAUUGGGAAAUAAAAGCACAUGAUAAUACCACA